AUGCAAGUUCCAGUUUUAUCUUUCUGCUAUUGUGUUAUUCCACUUUAUUUGUUCUCUUUUGCCUAUUCGGCCCCUCCAUUAUUCAGAGCUCCAGCAAAUCCCAACUCCAUAGUCAAUGGCCUUGGUCUACCAAUAUCUAACAUGGACGCCCCGGCUGAAGACGUGAUUGCCAAUCGUUAUAUUGUGGUAUACUCAAAGGAUGCAACAGACGAUGCGGUUGAGUCGCACCAGACGACAAUCAAAACAGCUCUUAAAAAACGAAGUCUAAAUGCCACAUCAAUUGAUGGAAGACAGCUUUCGCCUAUGAUGCACACCUUCAAAAUGGGAGGCUGGAGGGGCAUGUGCUUGGAUGCUGAGGACGCCAUGAUCAUUGACAUCGAGAGUGCAGCUGAGGUUUCAUACGUCGAGGCUGAUACACAAGUUGGAUUUCUUGAGUUGACGGAACAAAUCGAAGCCCCAAUCGGGCUAGUGAGGUUAUCGCAUGCCCUUAAAUCGGAGGGCAAAGAAUACGUUUUUGACAACGCAAGUGAUGGAGCUGGUGUCGUAGGCUUUGUUAUAGAUACUGGAAUACGAGCAUCACACGUGGAAUUUGGCGGUAGAGCCACUUUGAAAGCAAAUUUCAUUGACGAUAUCAACGAAGAUCUGAAUGGUCACGGUAGUCAUGUUGCAGCCACCAUUGGAGGAGCAUCUUUCGGUGUAGCAAAAAAUAUUGAGCUUGUCGGAAUAAAAGUUCUCGAUGCCAAAGGAAAGGGCAGCAACGCCAACGUUCUUCGAGGCGUAAAUUUUGUCGCUGCAGAAGUAGCUGAGCGAGGCCUCGCCGGAAAAGCCGUAGUAAAUAUAUCAAUUGGUGGCAGCAAGUCAAAAGCUCUCAAUACUGCCAUUGAGGCCCUGACCAAAGCCGGUGUAACCGUGGUAGUUGCAGCUGGCAACUCCAACAAAGACGCUACAAAUUUUUCUCCAGCAUCAGCCCCUUCCGCAAUCACUGUCGGUGCUAUAGAUCCUACGACAGACAAGAGAGCCAGUUUCUCGAACUUCGGAGCUUUUGUCGAUAUAUUUGCGCCUGGAGUAAAAAUUCUUAGUGCUGGUAUCGCAGAUGACAAUGCUGUCGCAACUCUGAGUGGAACGAGCAUGGCUUCACCACAUAUUGCCGGCCUAGCCGCGUAUUUAAUAUCAACAGAAUCUUUGACUACCCCGGAAGCUGUACUCGCACGUAUGCUCGAACUAGCUCGGUCGACAAAUGUUAAAGUCGACGGACAAUUAACAAGCACGAUAGAUUUGAUUGCUUAUAACGGCAGUGGACUUUGA